GCAGCAGCACCUCAGCAUGGGGCUGGUCUCAUGGCUGGGCAGAGCCCUGCGGGGCCGCAGGGGCCGGCGCAAGAACCGGGCCCUGCGGCCUGCGGCCAAGUGCGGGCCGGAGGAGCUGACCAAGGCCCAGGAGUUAGCCCGCAGCAUCGGUGGCCUCACGCUGGGCCUGGUUCUGGCCACCAUUUAUGGGGCUCUGGUGCUGCUGGUGCAGGGCCACAACAUCUGGUACUGCCUGAGUGUCACCGUCAUGCUGGGCGCGGGGCUGGGGCUGGGCAUGGCCUUCUCCAUGAAGACGCGGAUGAUUGUGCUGCUGGCACUGCCACACUUCUUCACCAGGGAGGGGAAGGUGAUGAUCAUGAUACUGGCGCUGUGCCUGACCAUGCAAGGCCCUGGCACCAAUCUCCUGCACAACGUCUCCCAGGUCGCCAAGGCACUGUCAUGUGGGGCUGAACUGGCCCAAAACCAGACGGCCGAGCGGCUGCAACGCGCCAAGGAGCCGCUGCUGAACUUGCAGAACAAAAUCAAAGACAUUGGCCAGAAUGCCAAGGUGGUGGGUGACCGUGUCCGCAAGUUUGUCCGCUCCAUCACGGACUCCAUCAGACACGUUGCCCGGGCCCUGCGCAACGUUUGGCGGUGGCUGGGGAAGGUCGGUGACGUCUGUAACCGCGAGCUGGGGUCACCCCAGAGCAGCUGCAUGCGCUACAUGGACAAGGCCAAGGACAGCUGCGAGCGUGCCUUGCCCCUCCUCUUCCACAUCUGCUAUGUUGUCCUCAGCUUCAAGAUCCUCUGCAACAUGAUCCCCCUCUCUGCAGUUGCUGUCAUGUUCUGCGUCAUCCCUCAGUACAUCCAGACCUUCAUCCAGGCCAACGUCGCAGCCCCCAUCAUGGAUACCCUGAACCGUGUCCGCGCCGAGUUUGAGUUCAACAUCUCAGUCGUGCACCACUUCAACGUCAGCCUCAACGCCAGCAAGAGCCUGGGGGAGGUGUCUGCAGACAUGAUGGAGGCCGUGCAGCAGCACAUGGAGCCCUACCACCGCGCCCUGGAGCUCUUCUCCUACAUUUCGUUCUUGGCCAUCCUCUACUUGUGCUACCACGCGAUACGGUACCGGCGCCGCUACCUGCGGGACGACACCUUUGACAACGUUUACAUCACACGGCGCUUCGUGGAGCUGGACCUGCGGUGUGCAGAGCAGGGCAGACCCACCGUGCUGCCCCUGUCGGUGCUGGAGAGGGGCCGCUACAUCCCCCCAGGCGCGCUGUGGCUGUCAAAGAAGGAGCGACGCCAGUACGGGCUGCAGCUGUUUGGGUUCCUGCGCCAUGUGCUGCUGGGGCUCAGCAUCAUCCUGGCUGACUACAGCAUCUUCUGGCUGCUUGACCUGUUCCGGCACCAUCUGAGCACGGACAUCAUCGCCAGGGCGCCAUCGACAAUGACCAUCAGUGUCAAUGGGACGGGCUACACCAGCGAGAUCUUCCAGGAUCUGGUCUCUGCCUUCAACGCGCUGCAGGAGGGCAAGGUCUCGGUGCUGUCCCGGGUCUGCCUCAUCGAGCCUGUGGAGCCCGACCACAGCACCUACAUCACCAUAGGAAUCCUGUACGGUGUCUGGCUCUUCAUCUCCAUCUUCGGCUCCUACAUGGCACGCCUGCGCCGUGCAGUGUGUGCCGCCUACUUCCCAUCCCGUGAGCAGGAGCGCCUGGCCUUCCUCCACAACAUCAUCCGGGCACGGCGGGAAUGGCUGGCGUUUGCCAUGUGCCGAGUUGACACACGGCGCUUGGCUGAUACCGGGAAAAGCCGCCUCUUCCUUAUCCUCAUCUCCAGGUUCCCUGCCCUUGUCCGCCUCGCUCGCUUCGUGGGCAUCCGGCGCAAACACUGCCUGACCUGCGGGGCGGCAGAGCAGCCGGGCUUCAGCGCCUGCCUCACACCCGGCUGCAAAGGGUUGUAUUGCAGCGAGUGCUACGCAGCCCUGAACAACACCUGCUCCGUCUGCAUGGCCCCCCUGAGCUACCCGGACUCUGGGGAUGAGGAGAUGGACUCCAGUGACGAGGAGACACCGGGGCUGUGGCUGGAAGCUGUGCGGUCGCCGCGGGGCCAGGAGCGAGGGCGGCUGCUGCGGCAGCGCAUCAAGAACAUGAUAAAGGGCUGGAGACUCCCCUUCAGAACGGCCACCCGGCUGCAAGACCGGCUGGAGGAGGAGGAGAGCGAGGAGAUGCUCUCCAGACAUGACUUUGACUACAAGGAGCAGGCUGAGGGAAGGGACAGAGAGCUGCAGGAGGUGGUGGUCUUGCAGACACCCAGUCCUUCCCACCACGUUCCCACUUCAUUGGAGCAUCCCACCGACAUCAGCUCUAGGGCAGCAUCCCACCAUCCUCAGUUGCAGGAGAACAUUCCUGCUUUUGGAGCUGUGGAGCCAGAGGCCCCCGGGCAAGAGCCUUUGGCUGGGAUUGAGACACGCAGGAGGCAGAAACCCCCCAACACAACCCUGAAGCGAGUGGUGGUCUCGGUCCUGCCUGGCCCGUGCAGCCAGUUCCUCUGGAGCCAGCCGGACGAGUAUCGCUGCAGCAAGGUCUUCCUGGGUGCUGGCUUUGGGAUGCUCCUUGGCCUCGGGCUCUGCCAUCUCCUCAUCAUGCCUCUGGACCUGCCAGAGACACAGAGGGUGAAGCUUACCUGGGGGCUGACAGGGGUGUCAGCCUUGGGCUGGGCCACGUCCCCCCACUUCCGCUGCGCCAACCUGCUCAUGGUCCCCAAGUUCCUGGGAAAGGAGGGUCGGCUCUACGUUCUCUCCUUUGUCUUUGCUGCCAUCUACAAUGGGCCCGGGGCCAAUCUCUGGCACAACCUGAUGGAGACGAAACGCUCGAUGGAUUGUGUGGUGGAGCUGCAGGUCAACCACACUGGAGUUCUCUGGCAGGCAUCUACAGCCCCCCUGCGCCAAGUCAUGGAAGAGCUGGUGAGGAGCGGGGAGAUGCUCGAUGCUGAGAUGCAGAACGUCUCUCACGCCUUCAUGGAGCUGAAUGAGCAGGUGGCCAGCGAGGAGGGCUAUGACCUGCAGCAGCGCCCGGCCACGGGCGCCCAGCGGGCCCCCAGCACCCAGGAGCUGUAUGAGAAAAAGACCAAAUAUCGCUGUGCCACUGUGAUCGAGAAGGGCCUGCAGCGCUGCAGAGGCCAUUUCCAGAAGAUGUACCGGGAAUGCAUGAAACGUGUGACUGUGCCCCUCAUCAAUCACCUUGUCUGCCUGCCCAUGCAGUUUGGGUUCCUGUGCCAAGCGGUCAAAUUGAUGCGCUACUGGUGUGAGGAGAGGAUCCCCGUGGAUGGGAACUUCGGGCAGGUGUAUGACCAGGUGAACAGCUCCGUCAAUGGCCUCAGCCAGGAAUUCAGCGCCAGCAUCACCUACCAGGAGGAGCACCAUGAGAUGCUGGUGGGCACCGACAUAGCGGAGCAGCUGCGGGAGGAGGUGGCCUCGCAGCUGCGGGAGGAAGGCGCCCGCCUGGGCCUGGCCGUCUCCUUCUUCCGCCUGCUGCUGUCCUUCACCUUCCUCUUCAUCUUCUUCUCGGCUUUCCACUACACCUAUCAAUACUGUCACAACAUUGGCUUUGAUAACUGCUACAUCACCACUUAUUUCCGCCAAAUCGAUGCCCGGCGUGGAGAGCAGGUUGGGCAGGGGGAAAGGGGUGCAGGGCAGCCCCGUCACACCCAGUGGGGUGUCCCAGAGGCUGCACUGAGCCACCCCCUGCCCCUCACCCAGAACAAGCAGACACUGCUGCCCCUGCUCCGGGAGGAGACCUCGUCUUUCAUCUUCCCGUGCCGCCCGGCUGUGCAGCGGCCUGAGCUGCAGCACAUGGUGAUGGAGCUGCUCAGGUGCAUCCCACUCCUGCUCUUCCUCCUCUUUGCCUGUGGCCUGGACCACUUCAUCUUCAGCAUUCUCAGCAUCAUCCAGCAUCAUUCCUUUGUGCAGUAUUCCUACCAAACCAGCCACCACUUGUCCGUGAACGUGAUGGGCACAUCCCUGAUGGCGCAGCUGCUGCGGAGCACCAUUGGGGCCCUCAACACCUCCUUCGACACCGAAGUGGAGACCUCUAACCUCGCCUGCCUGCCACAGCCCAGCGGGAUGACCAGGCAGCAGUACCUGGACACCUGCCUGCCCCUGGGCAUGCUCGCCCUGCUCUGCCUGGUCCAGGUCUACCCGUUCCGCCUGCGCCGCGCCAUCGCUGCCUUCUACUUCCCCAAGAGGGAGAAGACUCGGGUGCUGUUCCUGUACAACAAGUUGCUGCGGCAGAGGAAGAAUUUCUUGCACCUGCAGCGCGGGCGCUUAGCCCGGCAGGCACGGCAGCCCCCCGGGCUGAGAACGUCGCUGCUGCAGUGGUGCCGCCGGCGCUGGCCCUGGCUGCGCCGCUGCUUGCGCCGGAGCUGCACCUUGUGCGGGACCCCCGAGACGCCGCGGCACCGGCCCUGCCCCGACCCCGACUGCGGAGCCCUGUACUGCGAGCCGUGCUGGAGGGAGGCGGGGGGCACCUGCCUCGCCUGCAGCCCUGCGGACCCCGGCCUCGUCCAGGACAGCAGCGAGGAGGAGGAGGAGCAGGGAUACGCGGGCUGAAGGCGCUUGGUAAUAAAUGUUUCAACCCCCCCGUG